CUCACCUCACAAAAGCAUUUAUUUCAUUUCCCAGCACCCUGCAAAUACCCUACCACUCUCUUCUCUACCUAGCAGCUUUUCACCCAAUCACUAUCAUCCACGUGUCAAAUCGGGUCCCAUCAAUCCCACCUUUCCCUUUCUGCGUUGUAAUAAUAAAUCAAUAAAUUCACUUAAUUCACUCAAUUAAAUUAAAUCUCUUCCUUUCACGCGUCGCUUUCUUUUCCAACACUCACUCUUCAUCUUCUACUACUACUAACAUUUUAUUUCAAUACUAACCUAAAACAGUUUUUUUCUCUAUUUGCAACCACUCUCACUCACUCUCUCACUCUCUCUCACUAUGGCUUGGUCUGAUUCAACUACUCAGAAACAAUCUCGUCCCUCUCAACCGCUUUACGUUCCUCAAUUCCGUUCUAACGCUCCUUCUCCCUAUAACAACAACCGAACCCAUUUUCCACCGUCCGAUGACGUUUCAUCUCACUACUCUUUCAAUCGCUCCACUCACAGGCCACGUGGCAGAGGCGGUUACGCUUACGGUUACGGACCUCCACGUCAUUUCCCUCGACCGGAACAACAACCACGGAACUUCAACUACAGCCACGAUCCUCCUCCUCAUCCUCCUCAUCCUCAUCCUCCUCAUCGGAACAAUCGCGCUCCGGUUGAGACCCACAUUGAGCCGGAAAAUGGAGUCGGCGUCGUUGCGAAUGCGAAUGCGAAUUUCGAAGCGUAUGAAUCUAUCCCGGUUGAGGCUACUGGCGAGAACGUGCCUCCGCCGGUGAAUGUGUUUGCUGAAACCGAACUUCAUGAGGAUUUGAAGAAUAAUAUUGAGAGAUGUAAGUAUGUGAAACCUACUCCGGUUCAGAGGUACGCGAUCCCCAUUGCUGUUGCUGGGAGAGACCUUAUGGCGUGUGCUCAGACUGGGUCGGGUAAAACGGCGGCGUUUUGUUUUCCGAUUAUAUCUGGGAUUAUGAAAGAUCGUUUAGCUUCUGGGGUGGCGUCUGUGCCACGUGGCGGUGGUUCCGAUGUUGCGUACCCCACUGCACUCAUCUUGUCUCCAACUAGGGAGUUAUCAUGCCAGAUACACGCUGAAGCAAACAAGUUUGCAUAUCAAACAGGAGUGAAGAUUGCGGUUGCUUAUGGGGGUGCUCCUAUUGGUCAACAGUUAAGGGUUUUGGAGAGAGGUGUUGAUAUUUUGGUUGCGACUCCUGGGCGUUUGGUGGAUAUGAUUGAGAGGGAAAGAGUUUCGUUGAAGAAGAUUAAGUAUCUUGCUUUGGAUGAGGCUGAUCGGAUGCUGGACAUGGGUUUUGAGCAUCAGAUUCGCAACAUUGUUCAGCAGAUGAACAUGCCUCCUCCAGGUGAUAGACAGACAUUGCUUUUCAGUGCUACCUUUCCUGAUAAUAUACAGAAGCUUGCAUCUGAUUUUUUGUCAAACUAUGUGUUUCUGGCUGUUGGAAGGGUUGGUUCAAGCACUGAACUGAUUGUACAGAAAAUUGAAUCUGUACAGGAUAUGGAGAAAAGAAAUCGUCUUGUGGAUCUUCUCCGACGCAAUGUUGUCAAUGGGAAGCUGGCUUUAUCUCUUAUAUUUGUUGAAACAAAGAAAGGAGCAGAUGCUUUAGAAAGUUGGCUGUGCAGAAGUGGUUUUCCAGCUAUUGCAAUACAUGGUGACAAGGUUCAAAUGGAGCGGGAGCGAGCUUUGAGAUCUUUUAAACGUGGUCUUACUCCAAUAAUGGUUGCAACAGAUGUUGCUUCUAGAGGAUUGGAUAUACCUCACGUGGCUCAUGUUAUUAACUUUGACUUACCGAGAGACAUUGAUGACUAUGUACAUAGAAUUGGUAGAACUGGCCGUGCUGGUCAGUCUGGUUUAGCAACUGCUUUCUUCAGCAGCAAAAACAUGCCUCUUGCAAAGGGUCUUGUUGGACUUUUGCAAGAAGCAAAACAAGAAGUUCCUUCUUGGCUAAUCCAAUAUUCCGAGUCUUCAGCACCUGGUGGUCGCAGCAGCUUUGGAUCUCAACGGUCACCCUGGAGAGGCAAUUAUGGAGGGCGCGAUUUCCGUACUGCAGCAGAACCUAUAAUGGUUGAGAGUUACAACAACUACAAUAGUAAUUACAGCAAUUAUGGUGGUAAUGGUUUCCAUAAUGUUCCCGAACAGGUGCAGAAUUACAACUUCAACAGCACCUACAGCAACGGAGACCAUACUGCCAAUACUUAUACUGAUACCUCGUUAGACAUCCAAAACUCUAACAACAAUACUGCUUUUGACAGCACUAAUACAGAGAUUGCUGGUGGUUACAAUUAUGCUGAUGUUGGUUUGUGUGAAGGCAGUGAUGGCAUAAAUGGGCCAUCUGGUUAUGCAUCUGUUGUGCCCACUGGAUGGGACUGACUUGGCUAGUAUAUUGCUCGUUGCAUCUUUUUGCUAUUGAUUUUGAUGCCGAAGAGCAAAUAGUUUGAUCCCUAACUUUAAGAUAGUUCAAUAUUUGCUGCAGACCUUUGGUAUUAAAUAUUUUUUGGCCCGAGACCAUAUCGUAAUUGGAACUUACUAUACAAUGGGUGAGCUCGAAUUGUGGAUAGGAUCAUUUGCGUUUUGGAAUCUUAUAAGUUAUACAAAGGAUGAGCCCGAUUUGUGGUUGAAACAUUUAUCUUUUAAGAUUCGCUUUAGUUGUACUAUUUAUAUCUCAAUUUGAUUUGGUCUUUUAGCUACUCUUCUAGUUAAUAUAAAUCAGGAGGUAUUUGGUAUUGAAA